AGGCCACGCUUUACACGAAAAGCCCUCAUGAGGUGCUGUCUGGUCAAAUGGAUCAUCGCCAGCACCAGUCCCAAAGAACAAGACGGUGAGUAAAAGCACCUGUCUAGUUUAGUUUUCUCUUCUGUAUCUGUCUUUGUUCUUUUGAUAGAGUUCUUUCUUUAUCAUGUGAUUGAUGACUGCAAUAGCUGAGAGCUAAACACAUUUUUAAUUAUUUGUUAAAAUAAUUUCAUCCAGUUACUGUUGUUCUUGUAAUUUUGGAUUACAUUAUGUAAAAAAUGCCAUUAAUUUUGGUUUAAAAAUGGAUAAUUCUAAUAAUAAUAGCAUUUGUAGUACUAUAGAUGAUAGUGCUAAAGGUUUUGUGUCAAUCAACAAGGACUUCAGCCUCACUUAAAAACGUCUCGGUUAUGACUGUAACUUCCGUUCCCUGAUAGAGGGAACCAGCACGACCGGACCAGCACAUGUUUGUCCUGCACGAGGGGCCGGAGCCUCCUCAGUGCCAAAAGGACAGCCAGCAACUCUAGGCAGUUGAUGUGCCACCGCAGUCGGGGUACCAUCCACUGCCCCGAUACUGCGUGCCCGUUGCACACGGCACCCCACCCCUGCAGGGAGGCGUCUGUCAUGACCACGACACGCCCAAAACCUGCCCGAGCGGAACCCCCGCUCGGAGAAAGGCCAGAUCUGACCAGGGGUUGAGGGUGCGAAGACACUGAGGCGUUACCGUAAUGUGCCUGGUGCCGGUGUGCCACGCCGUCCAGGGAACACGACUCUGAAGCCGGUGCUGAAGCGGCCGCAUGUGCAUCAACCCGAGAGGGAUUAGCCCUGUCGAGGAUGUCAUGUGCCCCAGGAGCCACUGAAAAUGUUUCAGCGGAACCGCUGGAGUCCACCUGACAAAUUUCAGACAGUUCAGCACCAACUGCGCACGCUCGUUUGUGAGACGCGCUGACAUACGGACAGAGUCUAGUUCCACACCGAGAUAAGAGGAGCUCUGCGCUGGGGAGAGCUUGCUCUUUUCUCGGUUGACCUGUAGGCCCAGACGGUCUAGGUGCCGGAGCACGAGGUCCCUGUGCGUACACAGCACAUCUCGUGAGUGUGCCAAGAUAAGCCAGUCAUCGAGAUAGUUGAGUAUCCGCACGCCUUUCUCCCUGAAGGGCGCUAGGGAGGCCUCUACGAGUUUGGUAAAAACCUGAGGAGACAGAGCCAGACCGAAUGGCACUGAUACGCUCUUCCCUCGAACUCAAACCGCAGGAACAGUUGGUGUCGAGGGAGGAUGGAGACGUGAUAGUACGUGUCCUUCAGGUCGAUUGCCACGAACCAAUCUUGGUGAUGAACUGAGCCCAAAAUGCGCUUCUGCAUCACCUGGCAGCUUCUGGCAGCUUGUGUAGGUGCUUGUUCAGGAGGCACAGAUCCAGAAUGGGGCGCAGUCCCCCACCUUUUUUGGGCACUAUGAAGUACGGGCUGUAAAACCCGGAAGACAUCUCAGUUAGAAGGACGGGUUCGAUCGCACCUUUCGCCAGAAGGGCGGCAACCUCGUCCCGAAGCACGGGAGCAUUCUCCCCUCGAACUGAGGUGUGGAGAAUGGCCUGAAACUUGGGCGGGCGCCUGGCGAACUGGAUCGCAUAACCGAGACGGAUCGUCCUCUCUAGCCAGCGUGACGGGAUGGUCCACUCUUGCCAAGCGCCCAAGAACUGUGACAGUGGAACCAGAGCUGCUUCACCGUGCCAUGGGAGGCUGGUUCGGUGACUGACAGAGCGGUCACCUCGUCCGGUGGAGGUUGCGGCUGGCAGCUUGGUCCGUCCAAGACACCGUCGAGUCGAGGGUGCUGUGGAGGAAGGAAAUCCAGGGAAAAACUCUCCUUUUGUGAGAAUGUGGGUGCCGGGCCCUGAUAAGGGCGAUGUAAUGGCCGGGGUUGGGCCCGAUGUUAGUUUCCCUGGGUUCUUCCCGUCAGGGCUGCUUAGAGGUCCUCUUAGCGACCUUCUGACGGGGGGCAGAUGCCUUCCUCCGCGGGGGUCUGCGUCUCGGGUGAGCCGUCAUCUGGGAGGGCCCUGGAACCGGAGGAGCUGCCACUGAAGGAUUGCCAUAGUGUGGAGGGUGGAAGCGGCCUGUCCAGCAGCAUUGUAAGCAUUCGACACGAGUCGAAAGCUUACAAGCUUUGGACGGAGGUCUAGGUCGACCCCUCCAGGUGGCAGCUGUCUGCGAGCACAGGUGCACUGCGACUGCACUCUCCACCUGGGGGAUGUCGAUAUAGCCUUUGGUCGCCCCGCCAUCCAGGGAAGUAACAACCACCGAGCCCGCUAGUGAGCUCCUCAUGCACCUCCGGGAAAAAUGGCACCAGGGUGGUGCGUGGCUUUUGACCACGCUCUGACCCCAGAAACCACGAAUUCAUCCGCAAGCAUUUCGGGGAGGGUGGUGUAACGCUCUGCUCGGACAAGCAUGGCUGACAUCUCAGCGUCGGCCUCAUCUUGAGCUCGACCGCCCGGGGGCGGGAGCUCAGAGAGGUCUUCCGCAUCUGAUGCCAGGAUGUAGCUGUCCGAUGCAAAAACAGAGAGUUAGUCCUCAUAUCUCUGUGGAGUCUACCCGCUAUGGGACGGUCUACUGCCGCCGAUUGAGGACGAGCCAGGUGAGCGUGCUGGGGUAUGGGUGGUCCGCGAAGCCGAAGCUGAUGGAGCGACAUCCAUAGGAACCCCAAAUUCACCCCCGCUGCUCGCCGAAGCGGUCGACCUCGCCGAAGCAGCAGUCGAACUCGCUUGGGAAGCAGAGGGGGUGGCGGCAGCACUCACAAAGAAUGUAGCCAGCCGUGACCGCAACACCUUAAUCGCCAUGUGCUCAGAGACAGAACAUGCCGGAUCGACAAACCCUGCCUCAGCAUGCUUGACCCCCAAGCAUGUGACGCAGGUGUUGUGCCCGUCUGACUCAGGGGUGAGUCUGUCACACCCAAGGACACAGCUGCGAGACAUGCUUGCAACUGUGAGAAAUUUGCUCUUUUAGAUCUGUAGCUCGCUGCCGAGACGCCCAGGGGAAGUCCGCUCUCAGGAGGGAGAAGUCCGCUGCUCUGCGUUGUAAGUCCAGCAGUAUGAAGAGUCUCGAAGAGAUAAUGCUUGACAAUCAUGUGCCAUGCAGGUUCCGAAGAACAAAGGAUGAAUGAAUGACCACCGCCAUCUUCCUUUUAUACCAUUAUGCACAGGGCGGGGACUGGCGUGCGUGUGCCAUUCGCCAAGCCUAUUGGCGUUUUAAAAUUCCUCUCGGAGAUGAUAGGUUCUCAAGAUCAAACCCUAGUCUGUCUCUCAACACAACGUCAAGAGACUGACUGAAGGGGAACUAAAGGCCCACAUAUACAGAAUAAAAAUGUGUGAUCACAUGUGUGAAUCGGAAUGACAGGCCCUAAAAAGUGAUUUGAAAAUACUGGACAUGAAAAUCCUAUAUACAUUUUAUCAGCAAUCAAUCACAUUGUUAAAGAAAGUGUUCCCUGUCUAUCAAACCAAACCACCUCUCUCUCUUUAUCCCCUUCUGCCUGGUUUCCAUUUCCACUUAUGCUAACUCUCUUGCUUUCACUUCCUUUCUUUUCUCUCUCUCUCCACGCUUCUUCCUCUUUUCAAUGCUCUCUCACCCCAUCCCGUCCUGCAUCCCAUAAUCUCCCUUCCCAACUCUCCAUUCUCUCCCUCUCUGCUUUGCUUCUUUUUCUUCCUCCUCUCUUUUCCUCUUUCUCUCCGACAGACAGCAGUGACAGUGACCUUGAGCUGUCCACGGUGCGACACCAGCCUGAGGGUCUGGAACAGCUGCAGGCUCAGACCAAAUUUACCAAGAAGGAGUUGCAGUCCCUGUACAGGGGCUUCAAAAAUGAGUGCCCAAGCGGUUUGGUCGAUGAAGAAACUUUCAAGACCAUCUACUCUCAGUUCUUUCCUCAAGGGGAUGCAACCACAUACGCCCAUUUCCUGUUCAACGCAUUUGACCUUGACAGAAAUGGCGCGAUUCGCUUUGAGGACUUUGUGAUCGGUCUGUCAGUGCUACUGAGAGGAUCUGUCACUGAAAAGCUCAACUGGGCUUUCAACCUUUACGACAUCAACAAAGAUGGAUACAUCACUAAGGAGGAGAUGCUAUUAAUCAUGAAGUCAAUCUACGACAUGAUGGGCAGGUACACCUACCCCAGUGUGAGAGAUGAGGCCCCAUCUGAACACGUGGAGAAAUUCUUCCAGAAAAUGGACAGGAAUCGCGAUGGUGUGGUCACUAUUGAGGAGUUCAUUGAGACCUGUCAGAAAGACGAAAACAUCAUGAACUCCAUGCAGCUCUUUGAAAAUGUGAUAUAGAUUGUGGGUGAAUCUAAGCUAAAAAAGAAACCUGAUGUCCCAAAUCACUGUCUAUAUACCAAACUAGCACAGUAGUCACUCUGUCUUGUUCGUUAGCACUAUUCUCCUGCCUGCUGCACUCCAUAGAAUCUUAUAGACCACGUAGCCUACUGCAGUAUGGGCUCACCGAUUUUUCUUCACAGCGGGACUACUUUUAAAAAGAAAGACUGAAUGGCUGGGAUCUUCCUGUCAUCAAAUACUGGCAAAUGUUUGGUGGAACUUUUCGAUCAAAAUGAGGAAAUGAAGUUGCAAGGUCAAGUUUUGUAUUUCUGGUUGAUGGAUUCCAAUGGAGUCCUCAAAACCAUGUCUACCCUGGACUGCUUUCUUCUGCCUUAUGAAUAAAGGAAAUGACUCAAUCUCAACCUUCCAAAUAACAUAGUUCUAAAAGGGAAGUAUGGUAACUGUGGAAUUUAAUGGACCGAAUGGAUCCUUUAGCACUGAUGACAAUUUGAAGCACAUGACAAUGAAUAGCGAGAUGCCAGAGACUACACUCAAAUUAACAAAAUAAAUGUGAUGAUAACAGAAAAAAAAACUGAAGCAUGCCUGUCCAAAUAUGUGAGAUAUUAGUGAUUUCUUGCAUGGAGACUGACAGAGUUGUACAUUUUCUUCCUUGUAAGCCAGUAGGUCCCACAAAAGACUAAGCAAGCUAAAGAAGCUGUAUGUGUGAAGUGAACUAGUGUACCAGUGUUUUUAAGUUCUGCUCAAACUUGUAUUGCACAUAUCAGUGGGACCAGGAUGAUUUGUUUGGUCACAUUUGAUUCUUGCACAGCAAUGAGGUAUAUAAAAGGUAUAUAUUUAAAAUAUAAGCAUUUUAGUCUGCUUUAAAUCGGACUGGUUGUGUGUUUUAUUUUCGGGAAUGUAUUUAUUUGUCAAGGAGUGUGUCAAGUGGAAUGCCGGGUUUGGGCGUGAACUUGAAAUGCCCAAGUUAAUAAUGUGUUUUACCAAUUUUAUCAUUUAAAUAAAUAAUGUGGAUUUUGAUUUUUAUACUGUAUGUAGCUGAGAUAAAUAUAUGAGAGGCUUGGUUUAGCUUUAUAUUUUAUUAGUUAUGCCCGUAAAAGUUAUAUUUCAUUAUUUUGUGAAGUAAAGGACGCAUGGUUAGAAAUCAACUUACUCUUCCAUGAUCAUUGUAUUCUCAGGAAUACAGUGAUGAGCAGUUGUUGUAAAUUUGUGCGAACAUGACAUCCUUUUUGUAUCAUUUUCACUUCAAUUAAGAAUGCUGGGCAAUUUCAGUAUUGUAUGACCCACCCACAGAGGAAGAAACAAAAUUAUACAGGUGAAUAAAAGUCUUUUUUUGGUUUAGUUGCCGUUUUAGUAGCAAUCGUAAAAGCCCUUAUUUAUUUAUUCUGUGUUUAUUUGGUUGGAGCAGAUACAAUUUAUUGUAGAUCAAAUGAAUAAAAAAUGCACUACUCUU